AUGACGGAAAAGGUGCACGCAAUGGCAAGUUCGCUCAGUGGCUUCCUGACGGGCAGGCGCGGUUCAUCCUCCACCAAGCCGCAAACAGAACUUCGCGACGUUAAGUCCGCCGGGCCAGCCGCAAAACCUGAGCCAAGCCGCCGAAGUAUCCGCCUCCGCUUCGGCUCCAAGGAUCUCUUGAUCCAGGAGGAUAUCCUCCGCGCGCUCUCCCCCUACCUCUCACGCCGCCUCAACGAAGCAGACGCGCAACAAGAGUGCGUCCUCCUCACCUACAAAGAGAUCUCCCUCAGCGCCUUCAGCAUGUUUGCGAGGUGGGUCUGCCACGGCGAGCUCUACACCGGAGACCUCUGGAAAGACAACGGUGGUAUCAACGGCGAUAGUCUGCUCGAGCUCUUCUUCAUGGCCCGGGAGCUUGAGAUCGAGAUGCUGGAGAACAAGAGCCUGGAUACGAUUCGGCAGUACUACGAGGGUAGUCCGGAGCACGCCUCCCUUCCGACUCCGGCUACGCUUAGCAGGGUCCGCGCGGAGGCUGAUGGGGAGAAUGACCCGAUCAUGCAGGUCCAUCUGGAGAUUCUGGCCAAGCAGUUGGUAGUUGCUCGCAGGGUGGUGCCGAGUCGAGACCUGAGAUUGUACGUGGAGAGCGAUGGCGUACUGAUGCUGCAGAUGACGCGGGCGGCGAGGGUGUGGGCUGAGCACUGCCAGAAUGACAGGAAGAAGCCGAAGAGUCGGAGGGGCAGGGAUGAGUUGUGUAGGUUCCACAAGCAUAAGAGGACGGAGAGAUGCUCGUAG